CUGACAGUCUACAUGAUGGCGACAGAGGUUCAGAGCGGCGACCUCGACAGUGCUACUUCCAGCCGGCUCGAAGUUUCCAUCGAUGGCCUCACCCUCAGUCCUGACCCGGAGGGCGAGCAGACCCAGGUCGAAGAGCCGGACCCCGAACCCGCGGAACCCGAGACCGACACGUCGGGUGCCGCGGGGGUUGAAGAUGGAGAGACGGCGAAAGCGGCGAUAGAGAGGAAAUGGGGCUUUCCUCUGCUGGAGCUGUACGGAAUGGGCCUUCAAUUUUUCAAAGAUAAAGAUGGGAAGGCCUUCCACCCGACCUAUGAGGAGAAGCUUCGACUUGUGGCUCUGCACAAGCAGGUGUUACUGGGGCCUUAUAAUCCUGAUGCUUCGCCGGAAGUCGGCUUCUUUGAUGUCCUGGGCAACGACCGCAGGAAAGAGUGGGCCUCCUUGGGUAACCUGGAGAAGGAGGAGGCCAGGGUGGAGUUUGUCAAGCUGCUGAACAAGUGCUGUAACCUCUUUGAUCCCUACGUCACCUCACACAAGAUCGAAAGGGAGGAGCAGGAGAGGAAAAGAGAAGAGGAGCGGCAGCGACUGGAGGAGGAGGAGAUGGAGCGACAAAGGCAGGAGGAGGAGAAACGAAGGCUUGAGGAGGAGGAAAAGCAGAGAAGAGAAGAAGAGGAAAGGAGACAGGCAGAGGAGGAGAGACUACGGAUUGAGCAGCAGAAACAACAGAUUAUGGCGGCAUUGAAUGCUCAGACCGCAGUGCAGUUCCAGCAGUACGCUGCCCAGCAAUACCCCAACAGCUCCGAGCAACAGCUGGGCCUCAUCCGUCAGCUCCAGGAGCAGCACUACCAGCAGUACAUGCAGCAGCUCUACCAGGUCCAGCUGGCCCAGCAACAGGCGGCCUUACAGAAGCAGCAGAUUCAGGCUGAUUUAAUGGUGCAGGGCACCCUUGAAUCAACCGGCUUCUGUAGUGGGGAACCCGUUGCCGCUUCCGCAGCAGGACCGUUGUGUGCAGCGUCGGCAACUUCUAUUGAGGAAACCCCGACAGUCAACGGAGGCCAGUCGGAUUCUUACUCGGAGAGCAUGGACCGGGAGCCAGAGCCUGAGCCGGCAGAGGAGGUCUCGGAGAACGGGCCUUUAUUAGCAGACUCCCCACCAGUCAUAGCAGCUCCCUCCAUGUGGACACGGCCACAGAUCAAGGAUUUCAAGGAGAAAAUCCGACAGGACGUGGACAGCGUGAUCACAGUGGGGCGUGGGGAGGUGGUGACGGUGCGAGUGCCCACCCACGAGGAGGGCUCUUACCUUUUCUGGGAGUUUGCCACGGACUAUUAUGACAUCGGCUUCGGCGUCUUCUUCGAAUGGACGGACGCUGCCUCUGUGUCGGUCAGCGUGCACGUAUCUGAGUCCAGCGAUGAGGAUGAGGAAGGUGAGCCUCCCAGUGAGGAGGAGAAGGCGAAGAAGGAGGCAGGGAAGCCCCAGGUGGAUGAGAUUGUGCCGGUGUACCGGCGGGACUGUCAUGAGGAGGUGUACGCCGGCAGCCAUCAGUACCCCGGCCGCGGAGUCUACUUGCUCAAGUUUGACAACUCCUAUUCCCUCUGGCGCGCCAAGAGUGUUUACUACAGAGUCUACUACACCAGAUAAGCCUGAACACAGACACAGAGGAGCCAAUGAGUGUGUUUGUUCAUAUAUAUGUGUGUGUGUGUGUUUUGAAGGAACAAGUGAUACGAGAUCUAUUCUGGACUAAACCACCAGAGGGUGACAGACUCAACUCAAGCCUUUGUUUGGAGAUUGGACAAACAUGUAUGUACUGUGUGUGAGUCAAGAUACACCCCUGCUAGAGUCUGUCAUCGAGCCCUUGGAAGAGGAAUGUGUAUUCCCGUUGUUAAUCCACCACCUGUCCUCGCUGCGCUCACUUAGACCAAGCUGUAGGACUUCUCUCUCUCAUAUUGUUUUGACCACUUCUCCCCCUGGGCUCCUCUUCUGUCACCGCUCCAGCCCAACACUGCCCUGCGUGGCUGCUUCUGCUCCGAGUGACGCUUUCGUAACCAGGUUAAGCGGAAACCCGGCAAAUCCUCUUUUGAGAGCCAACUUUUCCUGUUUGGUGGUCAUAGUGGUGGUUUCUCCCAGAAGAACACAAGACGAUGUCGAACAUCUAAUUAUUUUGCGAAUGUGCUUCAUAACACUAUGCCUCUGUUCCACAGAGAGCUGCUGGUCUUUGCCAAGGCUCUCACACACACCUUAACACACAAACAUUAUCCUCUUUUUUUUGGUAGUAAAACAGCUGUCCGUUGUUCUCCUUCCGAGCCACCGUACAUAGGUUAAGAUCUGAGAGGGUUUAGAAAGGACUCUUUUUGGCUGGUUCUCACAACAACAACUUUUGACCUUUUUUCUUUUUUUCUUGAUACAAUCUGAUUGACAGAAUGAAGCAGGAGUAUUUUUUACUUUAUUUGUUUAUAGUCUAAAGGCAAGACAUCAUUCCAUGGUUUGGAGUGAAGCAAAAAUAGUCAUAAGUAUUAAAUUAGUAAGUAUAGAAUAAUAUGCACAAGGAAAGGUCGGCCAUCUGGCUUUACAAACUCUGUAUGAUACAGAAUAAGAAGAUUCAAAACAAAUUACUCAAUGAAUAUUUGUUCUCGCCUUCUCCUCCCGUGUGACUGAUUUCAUCAAAUCAACUGUCUUCAUGAUGGGAUCAAGAAAAAAAGGAGUUGUUGUUAUUACGACAGAUGUAAUAUUAAUAUUACCAAGGAGGGUUUUGUGUUUAUCGUUCUGCGUGUUUGGAGACAACACGAUACCGAACAAUAAAUGAUGUCAUGUUUUAGAGGUCAAGCGCGCCGUUACAUCUCUGCGGCUCUCGGAACUUAAAAUCCAUUACUCCAAAUGCAGUGUUGCUGUUCUGUUUUUAUUCUUCCUGGUUUUGGAUUGACUGAAAUUGUCAUCUAAAAAAAAUGUAUUGUGAAUAAACCGAGAGGAUGUAAUGUCUAUGGGGACACGGUUGCUCACUAAUUCACUUGUUUUCAACUUUACUGCAUUAGCUUCCAUACUUUAGAUUAAUUAUGCUGUUCAGUUUCACAUUACUUGCGUAUAAGUUGUGUACCUGCCACAGAGGUGCAUUGGGAACGAUGUGUGUGACGUGUUCAGCAGGUGCACACAGUUGGUUUCACGUCAUCACCAUCCUGUAUUUGUACAUUUUGGUGUGUCUGUAAUCAAACUUUAAAGAAGGAGGUGGAAUAACUUUCAAAUUAAGUAAUCCUGCAAUGUCCCUGCUGAGUGAGUUUGUCAUAUUAUUUAAUAAUCAGAGGCCAUAACCGCCUCACAUCCAUUCAGUGAUUUGUGUAACUAAAUGUCACCAUGGCUUAGUUAAGCUGUACAGUUGAAGAAGGUUCCCAUAUGUUCUGAUGGGUGAUGUUUUUUUCUUAAGUUUCUUUUGCUCACCAAAACGGUUUGAGGUGACUUGUUCAAGCCUUGUAUGUAAAUAAUUAUAUAAAUGAGUUUGUUUGGGUUUGCAGAUGUGGAAGAAGGCUCUGGUUUUGAGAAUCAAUGCACUGUAAAAGAUGGUGAAUGAGAUAUGUAUUCAUUUUACCCCGAACGAAAGUCCAAAACUCGUAGGAAGUACAAAGCUGAGGACUCUAUUUACAUGGCAGACAGCAAAGCUCAUCUUUUUGUAUUGUUUUGAUCUUUUUUUGGGGCAUAUAUUUAAUCUUGAUUAAACUUAUGUUCAUCUCUAGAA